AUGCCUCCGAGCGUCGCGUCCACGCGCGCGUCGUCUCGGAGGGACAAGCACCGCCCCGGGUCAGUCAAGGUGCACGUGUGCGAUCCAUCGCGCGCGAACGACAGCCCGCACGGCCCGAGCGUCGCGUUCAGCGUUCGAACGCGCGCGCUGGCGAGAGAGUACGUGUUACAGUGUCGAAGCGAGUUGCGCGACGGAUGCGCGACGUUCGAAGUCAAACGGCGGUACGGCGACUUUGUGACGUUGCGGAAGCGUCUGAGGGAGUCGCAUCCGGGGGUGGUGGUGCCACCGUUGGCGAAAGCACCGGAACUCGAGGGCGAAGGAGCCAGAACGUUGGACUUGGCGGGAGAGACGUGCGAGCGAAGACGGAAGCACUGCGCGUCGUUCUUGACACGGUGCGGGGACCAUCCGAUAUUGUAUAACUCUACGGCGUUGUUGUUGUUCCUGACGGAAGGGGACAGGGGGGCGUUCGACGACGCGAUGUCGAAACGGAUGUUGGGGGCGAACGCGUCGCCGAACUCAGUCGAGGCGUCUUGGUUCGGGAAAAUGUUCGGGAGCACGCGGACGAUCGCGAGCGUGAUGAAGGACGAGGAUCCGCAGUACUUACAGGUGGUAGAGUACACUAGGAAGAUUGAGGAGCAGAUAUUAGGAUUUCGCGCGAGCGCCAGGGAGUAUAUGAAACAGUUAGAACAGCGCGUCAACGCUACUCGGCUGUUAGAGCUAGGAAGGAGCGCGAGAGCGAUGGGAGAGUGUGAGUCGGGAUGGGGUCGACCUUUAGCGCGGCGAAGCAAGUGCACAUCGCUCGGCACAGUGCUAGGUGCGUUCGCCGAUUGCACCGACGCGCUGACUGGAACGGAGGCGCACGAGCUGCAAGUCGUCGAUCACAUGAAGGAACUCAAACGUCAGUUAAAAGACACAUUGCGCGUGCUCGACGCCGUUCGCGAGACGUUCGAAGAUCGUGCGGAGGCUUUGCUACACUACGAAAUCAUGAGCGAUCGAUAUGACGAAGUGGUUCGUCAGAAAGGGAGAGCUUUGGCGACUGUCGAUCCGGACUGUCUUGCCUCAGAGACGUUGAUGAGGGAAGCGAAGGAGCGCUACGACGUCAUCGUUGAGCGUAUGCGCGAGGAACUCCCGAGGUUCCACCGUCUGACUGGAGGUGCGAUGACAAGCGGUCUGCGUGCGUUUGCGAGGGCGAACGCUGACUUGGCGAGAACGGAGGCAGAGAUGUGGGAAAUGCUCCUGCGUGACGAGGACGGUUCGUCCGAUGCUAGACCGCUCCAUGGCAUUAACGGAGAUCAAGACGCGCUUUGGCAAGCCGCUGAUCUCGCGGCGGAGACGCCUUCAAGGCCGCUUACGACGAAAGAGCGCGAGCGUCUUGAGCGCGAGGAGCGUCGGGCAGAUCGCGCGAGACGACGGGCCGAAAAGGCAGAGCGAGCCAUUUACAAGGAGUGGAAGGCAACGGUACGACAAGCUUUGGCGGAAGGACGGCCAGUGCCACCACGUCCCGGGAGUUCGGCGCCGAUGGCGAUGCCACCAGUAACGUUGGCAUCGGCUCGUGCGGCGAGCACUACUCCACCACCACCGCCACCGCCACCGCCACCACCACCGCCACCACCACCGCCGCCACCACCGCCACCACCAACAACAACCGGAGGUGUUCGUUCACCGCCCUCCCAUCCGCCUCCGCCGCCCAGUGACGAUCCAAGGUCCAUGCUCAUGGCUUCUAUUCAAGCCGGUGUAUCGCUGCGCAAAACGAAAGCUAAAGCGUCGUUCUCUUCGGCCCCGUCAUCCGUCGUUUCCGAUUCGGAACCGUCUCUGCCGCCCUCUCCCUCGCCCCCGCCGCCACCAUCUCCGCCGCCACCACCGCCACCACCGCCGCGAUCGCCGUCGCCCGCGAUCGGCAAGCCUCCGCUUGCGCCGCCGACGCGAUCGAUGUCGCCGCCAAGAAAAACGCCGCCGCCGCCGCCAAACAAAGGUCUCGGCGCUCUCAACGCCGCGCUCGCCGAGCAACUAGACCUAUCCAACGCCCGAGAAGACUCCGACUCCGAAUGGAGCGAUUAG